AUGAUGGACUGCCUGUGCCCGGCGCCGCGAACGUUGGCCUGCCGCGUCGUGUUGCUUGACGAGCGGGAACUACUGCACGAGAUACAGGAUAACAACACCGGCCAAGCGUUACUCGACGUGGUGUUCAGACAUUUGGAUCUUCUGGAGACGGCGUAUUUUGGACUUCGUUACGUCGAUCAAGAUAACCAAACUCAUUGGUUAGACGCUGGCAAGCGAUUGAGACGACAGCUUCGUGGCUCUGAUCCCCACACUUUCUACUUUGGUGUGAAGUUCUACGCUGCGGAUCCAUGCAAACUGUUAGAAGAAAUCACUCGGUACCAGUUGUUCUUGCAACUGAAGCAAGACGUGUUACGCGGACGGUUGCCUGUCAACUUCGACCUCGCCGCUGAGCUCGCCGCCUGUGUCCUGCAGUCUGAGUUGGGCGACUACGAUCCUAGACGCCAUGGAUCCAGCUACGUAUCAGAAUUCCGCUUUUUGGCUCACCAGACUCCUGAGCUUGAGACAAGAGCUGCAGAAAUUCACCGCACCCUAACGGGUAUUUCACCAGCGCAAGCUGAAUUAAGUUACCUAGACAAGGUAAAAUGGCUGGAUAUGUACGGUGUAGAUCUACAUCCAGUUUUGGGCGAAGACAGUGUAGAGUAUUUCCUCGGCCUGGCGCCAAGUGGACUUUUACUUUUACGCGGAAAGCACACAGUUGCGAACUAUUAUUGGCCGCGCGUCUCCAAACUUUACUACAAAGGGCGGUACUUCAUGCUUCGCGUAGCUGAUAAAAAUAAUGACACAUCUACAUACGGCUUCGAGUCUCCGACCAGGUCCGCUUGUCGUCAUUUAUGGCGAUGCUGUUCAGACCACCAUACGUUCUUUCGGAUGCAGCAGACUUCACCGGCUUCGGCCGAUAUCUUUGCUUUAGGAACCAGGUUAAGAAAUAGUGGAAGAUGUGCAAGACCGCGUCCUCCACCUACGUUCACGCGGACCCCGUCUCGUCGCAUCGCCCGCCCGCCCCACGUUUCGCACGCCUCACUUAAUGACGUACCGAAUCUAGAAGACUUGAGAAUAAAAGACUGCCCUCCGGAAGUAAAACAGCCUACUUCUGUAAAUCGACCCAACUCGAUGAGUGGCGAAGUAGUCCCAGGUUGUGAACCUACCACGGUGGGUGGUUCGCCUAGGUCAACUCGCUCGGCACCGACUCGACGCGGAUUAUACUCUGCUUCCCCUACCGCGACUCGGCCGCCACCAGCUCCUCGCCAUCGCUCAGCCUCCGUCGACUCACAAAGCUCCAACGACUCUCGCUCUAAUCGCAAACAUAAACAUCGUUCGCGGAAACAGCAGUCAGACGCAGAGAGUGAGCUUUCACGAGGUUCAGGUCGUUCAGGAAGGAGGCACAGACGGCAUCGUUCGAAACACAAGCAUGAAUCGGGCUCAGAGCGGGACGAUUCGCAACCAGAGGCCAAAGAAUACGAACUUGUCGAUUCAGAAUCUCAGUGGAAGGAAGUAUUACGACAAACAACCAUUGGAAGUGGGGUUCAAGUCGCAAACGUGCGCCGUUCGCAAAUGGAACCCGAAACGGGCACGCAUCGAUCAUCUCACAGGCAUCGAAGGCAUAAAAAGCAUCGUUCCCGGUCUGGUUCUCCAAACGACAAGAAGUGGCUGCCUAAUGAACUGAAACAACAUCUGGAGUUCUCGUUAGUCGAUACAACUGGCAUGACGGAGGAACAACUGAAGGAAAUACCAUAUACUGUUGUUCAAACCAGUCAUGCGCGACAAACGAAACUCCGGACCUCAUCAAAGCAUAGACAGACUGAACAUGGAUCAUUAGCGAGGCGGGAUAAAAGUAUCUCUUCCCUCGGAAAAACGAAUCAUGAAAGUCAUAACCAGGGGUCUCUACGAUCUAGUUCGAGUACACUUAGCACACAUCGGUCCGCUCACGAGAAACAUGGAAGGCGUGUUUAUCCGAGCUACGAUGAAACUGUCGGACGAGCAAACGAUGAUUUUCUGACAAACAACGGAUACAAAGGGAAUGUGACCCCGAUUUUAAACAACAACAACCCUUAUAGUCCUGUGACCAACAGCAACAGUAAUAGUUCGAGUGGAGAACUAAUUUCGGGAAGUGCACGCGUUUCACACGAACACACAGAUUCAGGCUUGGGGGCAGAUCAGGACUAUGCCUAUUCAUCGGAGAGGUCGAGCGACAGUGCGAAAUGCGGAGCAGGAGGGUCUUCCCGGACGGCGCCUGUGAGUAGGCAGUGGGCGGCAAAUGUCGACGCGGGCGGUGCGAGGGACGCGCGGGUGGGGGGCGGCGGCGCGGUCACGCGGCGGCCACCGGCGGCGCCGGGCCGCGCGCGCCUCGCGGUUUCGGGCUCGCAGCGCUCGCUGCUGUCCGUGGCCAGCGACAGCGCCACCUCGCGCCGCCCGCGCGACCUCGCGCCGCGCGGCUACCCUCACCCGGCGGAUGGUGGCUUUUCUCUCUUUAGACAUGCUAGCAACAACAACAUAUUGGUCGGCGAGAGCGGGUCGCUGGCGCGGCGGUACGCGCGGCCGUCGCGGGAGUCGCGCGACCACAACGCGAACCUGGCGCGCACGCACUCGCGACUCGCACACGCCCAUCGACACGACAACACCCUCGACAUUAUCUUAAAACCUCUAAUAGAAAGCACGCAGCUGCAGAGCAACUGA